UGGGUGUUCCUACCACUUCCUCUUCCCUCAUCUCACAGCUCACGGCUGCACUUUCAAGGGCAGUUUUUGAGCUGAGCUCUCAGAUCACAUUUUGCUGAAAAACUAUAAGCUAUGUCCUCUAUCUAUUCAUACGCCCGGGACACCUUCUUUUACCUUCUCCAUUCAGCCUGCAAUGUGGCAGCUCUCGAAAGGGAAACAAAGAAUUCACGAGUGCCUGCAACCCCGGGAGACACAGAACAUGGCCAUUCGUCCUGCCCAGCGGGCAGCGGGGCGGAGGAAGAAGAAUAUUAUGAACUCAUUCUCCCGGAGAAUCGCGAGGAAGGGCUGUCUCAGGAUCCUACACAAGACGGGUCAGGAGGGCUGAGGGAGGAUGAAGGGACCCCGCAGGCGCUGAGGCUCAUCCUGGUGGGAAAACCCGGAAGCGGGAAAAGCGCAACAGGAAACAGCAUCCUCGGCCGGAGAGUGUUCGAGUCCAAGGUCAGCGCCGGGCCCGUGACCAAGGCCUUCCAGCGGGGGCGCCGAGCGUGGGCGGGGAAGGAGCUCGAGGUCAUCGACACCCCCGACAUCCUGUCCCCGGGGGCGGCGCCGCGAGGGACCGCUCGGGGCCCCUGCGGAGCCAUUGCCGCCUCCUUGCCGGGGCCCCACGCGGUGCUCCUGGUGACGCAGCUGGGCCGCUUCACCGAGGAGGAUCAGGAGGGGGUCAGGCGCCUCCAGGAGCUCUUCGGGGCGGGCAUCCUGGCCCGCACCAUCCUGGUGUUCACGCGGAAGGAAGACCUGGGCGGCGGCACCCUGGAGGAGUACCUGCGAGAGACCGACAACCGGGAGCUUGCCAGGCUGGACGUCCUGUGUGAGCGGCGACACUGUGGCUUCAACAACAGGGCGCAGGGGGCGGAGCAGGACGCCCAGCUGAAGGAGCUCAUGGAACAAAUCGAAGCCAUCCUGUGGGAACACGAAGGCCGUUAUUACAGCCACCAGGCUUACCGUCAGUCCCCGUGCUACGUCUUGCUCUAGCGAGAGCCGGCGGGGCAGGUCCCCCAGGGCCAGGGCUCCGAGGAAGGGCGCAGCGAGGAGUCCUGGUGGCAGGGACUGUGUCGCAUCCGGAAGGAAUCUGGGCGCACUGACACACAGCUCCUGGGGAGGCCGCCCAUCUGAGACGCGCUGGAUUCCACGCAGCCACGGCUGCUUCCUGCCAGCCUCCCUCGGCCCCGGAGUCUGCCUUCCAGCCCCUCACUUGCUCUCUCCGUCCCACAGGUCACUGACCCUCACAGUGUCCAGGGCAGGGUCUGGGGUGGCGAGCGGUGUGCGGGCUCCUGAGUUCGCAGGUCCUACAUCACACCUUCCAGAACACGUGGGCCCUCCCUCCUCUGUGCCCCUCCAUCCUCACGUCUCCUUGGCAUUCCGAGUCUGCAAUAGAACACCGAUAGGACCACAGCUUCCUGCGGGCAGGCCCGUGCCUCAUUCGCCCAUGUAACUCCCACAGCAUCCUGGCCACUGGAGUCACCGCUUAAACGUCGAUGUAGCAAAUCAGUGUGGGAUGUCGACCAGGUGCCUCUGCAUCUCUUGGGCUGUGUCCUUGCCCGCUAAGGGGGCAGGCAUGAUGACUUUUAAGGCCCUGUGCCAUGUGGGCCAGGACAGGCACUGGGCUGGGGAGGAGAAAGCAAGUAGAAACGGGAGGGGUAGAAGGCGCAGCCCUUUUAUUCACUCUUGAAAGAGGCCACCCAAUCGCAGCAAAGGAGCCCUGUGGGAACCUCUUGGUGGGGUGAUGAGCAGAGCGGGGUAGAGGUAUCCAGGGGGCCAGGUCCGGUCAAGAAAUGGAGCCUAGACCUGGUUGCAGGACAUGGAGGCCCCCGGAGGUGCCAAGUGGGCUUGGGCAGAGAGGAGCACUUCCCUGAGGCAGACUCGGACUAGGGAGGUCACACAGCUGUUACUGCCCCUUGUGAUGCCUGCCGUCCGGCCGUCCAGCCGUAGAGAACAGAGGCGAUGUUCAACCCCUCCUCUGCUUCACCUGCAACUGCUUCCCUUCUCCCUUGAGAGUGGGGAGAAAGUGUGGGUGGGGUGUGUCUUGGUGUGUAGGUGGGUCCCCAGCAGGGUAUUUUGGUGCACAGAAUGGGAGGAGGCAGAGAAGAAAGGGAAGCUGCAAAGAAAAGAAGCAGGUGAAUGAUGUAAGACGUCCUAGGGAACAGCCUGCCGGGCUGAUGGGGAGAGCCCUGCAACACGCGGCUGUCAUCUUCUCCAGACGCAGCGGACGCCUAAGAAAGCUUAAGCAUUUCUUUUGCUAAAAGAUUCAGACAAGUGUCUCGAGGCAGAACAGAGACUUAUUUUGGUGUAUGCUUACGAUAGCCUUUGUGCCAGAUCAUUUAUUAAGCAGGUGAUCCGCGUCCCGCUGAACUGGAACGCAACGUUUAUCAUAUGUUAAUUUUUCAUAUUCUCUAAGAUCUCUGUCAGGAUUUCCGAUUCUGUUCUUCUGACUUUUCUACUCCUGCAUGAAUAAAACAUGGAUUUGAUUAGA